AUGUCAAUUGAGCAAAUUUUAGAACGUUUGGCAUUAAUACCGAGCCAAGAACUACAUCCGAAAGUUUUCAGGGGUACAGAAGUAGAAGACAUUACUGAAUGGUUAGCCAGCUUUCGGCGUAUUGCGUUGCACAAUCAAUGGACAGAGGAAAGGAAAUUACUAACGUUUCCACUUUAUUUAGAAGGCAGCGCUCUAACAAAGUUAAGUCUAUUCAUUAAAGGACUAAAGCCCCACCUGCACGAUGCUCUUAAAUUAAAGCAACCGUCUGAUUAUCAAGCCGCAGUAGCUUUUGCUAAGCUCCAAGACUCAAUCGUAUCGGAUUCAGUUAUAUCUCGAUUGGAAGCCAAGCUAGAUGCACUUCUUAAUCCCCCAAAGCAAACAGUUGUAGCUGCUACCUACCGCGAACACCCAAACUUAAACCAACAUAUUGGUGAACUACAAACAAAAAUAGACUUGUUAAAACAAGGAAAUCACCAUCGUCCCCAGGAUGAAAGAUUUCGUCCAAUCGGUCGCAACCUACGUACUAGCGAUGGGCAAGUCAUCUGUAACGGGUGUCUAAGAGUAGGGCACACCAGAAGGUCGUGCUCAGACCGAACUUUACCGCUAUCAGAGAAAAUGCAUUUUCAACAUAUACCGUCGCAACCUAACCGCUGGAACCAUGAUACCCGAAACUCGACUUCAUUUUGCAAUACCCCAUCUCCAAAUAGACAAUUUCGAAAUAAUGUACCAAGAAACAGUCCACAUACGGAUAGCCGAGUUCCUGCACUGUACACUAAUACUAUCGAAUUGGAUCCAGAAGAGGACCCGUGCUCUGAGAUCUGGGGGAAAGUUAAUGGUAAACCGGUAAUUAUUCUUACGGAUACGGGAGCGAAGUGUAGUGUAAUCGAUUCAAGCAUUUAUGACAGUAUAAAGUAUAAAGUUGCUGAGCCGACUCCUUAUUGCGGCAGACUUGAAACGGCAAAAGGGACGUGAAUUAGUAUUGUGGGACAAAUUUCAUGUAGUAUUAGAAUAGGAAGUAAUACGUUUAAACAUAAGGUUGUGAUUGGUAGGAAUCUAACACAACCCCUAAUUCUGGGUUACGAUUUUAUGCGCCGAUAUAAGGUUGCACUUGACUGUGGGCAACACCUAGUUAAAUUUGACAACAAGUUCAGUGUCCCAAUGAGAGAAAAGACAGUUCACAAUAAGUUUACGACUGCAGUUGGUUGUAAAAAGCCUAAUGUUGAGGCGUGUGUCGAAAAACUAAACCGAAAAUUAUCUCCGACAAUUGACUUUCCUUUACCGCAGAGAUCCUGCGUUAAUGGUAUUGCACACACCUGUUUUGAGAAAAAUGUUAAUAAUCAACCACCAAAACUAUUAGACGUACCUCAUCAACCCGUUCUUGUGCGUCUCAUCCAUCAACAAGCUCCAAGUAAUAGCUCUCAAAUUGUACCAGAGAAAGUUGUUCAAAACAAAUAUAAUAGUCAGAAACAAGUGACAUUUGAGGAUAUAAAAACAAAUGAAAAAAAUACAGAUAAAAUACAACAUAGCUUGCCGGAAAACGAAAUUGAUGACUUAGAUAUAUUUAAAAUGGAGGAAAUAAUAGGUAAAAGGCAAAGGAAAGGUAAAACGCGAUACUUAGUUAAAUGGCAGGAUUUUCCUUUGACUCAAAUUACGUGAGAACCAGAAGAAAACAUCUUUGAUAAACAAGUAGUGCAAAAAUAUUUAGAGAAGACAAAAAAAAGUCUACAUGUUUCCGCAAUAACAAGGGUAUCUUCGAUUAGACAACAAGAUGACAAACAGACCAGAAUCAGACUUUUGCCAAUUUUUCACAUAAACAGAUCAUGGAAUAUAAUGAUUUCCAUUAUUCUCUCAUGCUUACUCAUCUUACCUACAUUGACGACAGGGUUAUUUAUUGGUGAAGUUUAUGAUUGUACAAAGGUGCAGCCUAUCGGAGUUUAUCAUUAUUAAAAUGGAUAAUAAUGAUAAACUCCUAUCGGAGUUUAUCAUUAUUAUCCAUUUUCCAUAAGUUUCUAGGUGGUAUUAGUGGAUUCAUUUUGUGGGCAGCAAUACUUCUCAUAGUAAUCUAUUUGAUUGUGAAUAAACCCAAUUUCAAUUAUUAGUUACCAUGUCUAAAACCUUUUCAAAAACACUUGGAAAAUGAGGCUAUGGUGCAGCCACGACAAGAUCAGUCCACAUCAAUGUCCCUUAAAGGAAAAAGACAUUCCACGUGUGCCUGCAAGUAUCCGGCUUGUAAAGAUGUCCAUAGAGACUAGAAGAUUACUUGUUAACGGUAGUGGCGGGAAUUAGGACUUCGAUAAAUUUCCGGAUGGAGACAUGGAACGCCUCCAACCACCAUGAGUUUCAUACGAAGUUAGUUGCGUUUUCCAAAUUCAUUCUGCUGAUUAUUCAAGAUACUGUUGUUUACAGAAAUUUACUGAUUCUGCUGAUUAUUCAAUAUAUUAUUGUUUUACAGAGAUUUUACUUAUUCUGCCGUUUAUUUGAGAUAUUCUUGUUUGCAGUAAUUUAUUGAUUCUGCUGAUUAUUCGAGAUACUGUUGUUUACAGAAAUUUACUGAUUCUGCUGAUUAUUCGAGAUAUUAUUGUUUUACAGAGAUUUUACUUAUUCUGCCGUUUAUUCGAGACAUUGUUGUGCAGAUACUUGUUGAUUCUGCUGAUUAUUUGAGUUUAUUGUUGUGCAGAUACUUGUUAAUUCUGCUGAUUAUUUGAAUUUAUUGUUGUGCAGAUAUUUGUUGAUUCUGCUGAUUUAUCGAGAUUUUUAUUUUGGCGGAAAUUUUGCUUCUAAGUCCAAGAACGGAUUUCUUCUUGGUUCGUAAGUAAUGUUACGAAGGUUACUAACCAUUCAAGCAGAACGCUUGGGUUAGGUGAACCGUGAAGAAGAUUUAACAUAAACAAUAUAAACUAAACAAUUUGUUAAAGAACCAAAACGCAUCUAGCGUCUGAGGAAAUCAUAUAAAAAGGAAAGAGAAGAGAGAAAUAUAUAGAUAGAGAUAUAGAUUUGGAUAAGGAUAUGGAUAAUUAGAGAAAGACGAAAAGAAGAGAGAAGAACGAGAAGAUAGUUGGUUGAAGACGAUGAGUACAAUGAGCAGUUUAAUAGAAGUUACUGGUCGUUUAUAAAUUGGACAAUACUUGGGUGUUGGCAACCAAUACUACUCGUUUUAGCUAUAUUGUAACAAUUAUUUUGUAAUUAUUUUAAUUUUAAAUAAACAAUUGAGUAACGUU